AUGUUGGAAUCCGAGGCGGCUGGGUGUUCCCAGGGGUCGUGUCGCCAGUGGGCCAUCGGGCUGGCCGUGGGACCAGCCGUGGGACUGGCCGUAGGGCUGGCCGCGGGGUUGGCCGUGGGACUGACUCGGGCUGGCCGUGGGGUUGUCGGUCGGGCUGGCAGUCGGGCUGGCCGUGGGGCUGGCCGUGGCCUGGAAGUCAGGCUGGCCGUGGGACUGGCCGUGGGGCUGGUCGUGGGGGUGGCCGUGGGGCUGGCCGUGGGGCUGGAAGUCGGGCUGGCCGUGGGACCGGCCGUGGGGCUGGCAAUCGGGCUGGCCGUCAGGCUGGCCGUGGGCUGGCUGGCAGUCCGGUUGGCCGUCGGGCUGGCUGUGGGGCCGGCCGUGGGGCUGGCCGUGGGGCUGGCCGCGGGGCAGGCAGUCGGGCUGGCAACGGGACGGGCCACGGGGCUGGCCGUCAGGCGGGCCGUGGUGGGGCUGGCAGCCGGCCAGGCCGUGGGGCUGGCAGUCGGGCUGGCCGCGGGGCUGGUCGCCAGGCUUGCCGUGGGGCUGGCCUUUUGGCUGGCCGUCGGACACGCCUUGGGGCUGGCAGUCGGGCUGACCGUGCGGCUUGCAAUCGGGCUGGCCGUCGGGUCGGCCGUGGGGCUGGCAGUCUGGUUGGCCGCGAGGCUGGCCGGGGCGCUGGCAGUCAGGCUGGCCGCGGGGCUUGCCGUGGGGCCGGCCGCGGGGCCGGCAGUCGGGCUGGCCUCGGGGCUGGCCGUCGGGCUGGCCGCGGGGCUGGCCGGGCUGGCCGUGGGACUGGCCGAGGGGCUGGCGGUCGGGCUGGCCGUCCGGCUGGCCGUGCGGCUGGCCGGGCUGGCCGUAGGACUGGCCGUGGGGCUGGCAGUCGGGCGGGCCGUCGGGCUGGCCGCGGGGCGGGCGUUUGGGCAGGCCGCGGGGCCAGCCGUGGGGCUGGCAGUCGGGCUGGCCACGGGGCGGGCCCACGGGCUUGCCGUCAGGCAGGCUGUGGUGCUGGCAGCCAGGCAGGCCGUGGGGCCGGCAGUCGGGCAGCGCGGGGGGCAGGCCGCCAGGCUGGUCGUGGGGCUGGCCAUGGGGCUGGCAGUCGAGCUGGCCGCCGUG